CUCAGUGCGGCCGCGUCCGUCAGAGGCAUCGCUUCGUAGCAUUUUGUCAUUCGCAUUCCCCUUGCCUCGUUAUUUUUCGUCGCGAGAAUAUACGAACGGUUUUUAGUGGAUUAAAACCACGUUUUUGCACAGCGAAAUAUUACCCGAGUGCUAAAUAAGUCUCGCCAUUAAAUCAAUCUCAAACGAGAGUGUUGAAAGAAACAAAUGAAAUAAAAAUGAAGAAACGCGGCAGUUGGAACGAAAGAGACGUCGGAUAGUUGUUAUCAAGUGGCUUCUUGUUUUCCAAUUGGAUGUACACGUCUCGUUAUUUAACGGGAAGAAAAGUUCGUAAAAACCGGUCAACUGGAGACUAGAUCGUGUUUUUAUUUACAUUUUCGUCUUCGACUCACGAGUGUAUCGUGCUCUUUAGUAUUGUUGUUUUUUAUAUUUCGGUUUCACUUCGUACCGAAUGUGUUGUUUGCUCACGAUGGAGGCUUAGCUCGAGGAAAAGUAGGGAGAUGGAUCUGUUGCAUUGAGGUUUCCGAAACGAAGUUAUCGCAGACUUGUCUAACUUCUCCUUAACGUGCUGUUGGAGCAAUCGAGGGGAGGAAAAGACAGUUCGCAGUGAUUUUUUGUGCUCCUUUUAUCACGUUCGGUGUAUACGAGUACGCGAGUUUGCUGUUCAGUGCGUGUGUGCGUAUUUUAUAAUCAUAUACAUGUACGUAGAUAUAUUUAUAUCUCUAUACACGGUGUUUCUGUGGUCUCCUCGGGUUCGUUUGGUCGUCGGCCUUCGCACGAGGGAACAAAGGGCCGGAGGAGUGGGAGCAUCGCCUCUUUCUCUUUCUCUCACUCACUCGCUCAUUCGAUGUUGGCGAGACAAGUGAGACGGAGCAUAACGAGAAAGGGACGAAGAGGAAAAAAAGGGCAAAAAGUAUCGACCGAGAGCGUCGACCAACUCAUUUCGGUUGGAAAGCGACGGUCGCUCGUCUUCGUAACUAACUGUUUGUAAGCCGUUAAAAGUUAAGCAAUCCGAGUGUGUGAAAACGUUCGCAGCCCGAAAAUACAAGUGACAGCGAGGACUUGGAGGGAUAAACUGCAUCGAUAAAUCCAAAGGAACAAUAUGCUUACGGCAGAAUGCAGACUCAAGAAUCGCGAAGAGUACGAGAAACGAGGUGAUGAGAAGCUUUAAUGGAGGCCGAGGAAGCUGCAGAGCCUCCCCCCUGCGGGGCUCCGAUCAACGUUCUCAAAACGCUACAAUUUACGCAGAUAUAUCCUCGAUGAUGCACCUGCUGCCGUCUCUCUAGCCCAUUGCAAUAAGCGCAACGUCUACGGGCAUCCGUCACGCUUGUGAUUCGCUACGAUUCAACGAGCUCCGAACGAAACGAAUUUUAUGGAAGAACAAAACGAACUGAGAGCUACUUUGACUCUCCAACAUAUACGACGAGUCCUCUCGACGGACAUUCAACGUCACGGUUAUUCGAUAAAUGAAACUUGUCGAGACAUUGCAUUACUGUAAAAUAUCGAACUAUUUAACGAUAAGUAGAAAAUCAACAUUUUAUUGAUAAUCUCAAUUCAACGAAUUUGGUCGGGAGAAAUAGUAAAAUAUAUUGACCAAAGUAAAGCGUCGUAAUUAAUUUACGUUUAGAAUUUGAGAUUGCUAAAGUCGCUGUCGAACGUCAAAAUGGCUGCUCCGGUGAUAGAAAAGAAACGUUUUUUCUGUCGAGAAUGGGCUCUGAUGAAGCUUUCGCAUUGCCUGGAACAGAGGCCAGCUUCGAAGACAUGCGGUGCCCUGAUCGUCGGUGGUCCAGGAAGCGGUAAAACAGCACUGUGCGCGGAGCUCGCAUGGCCAUCUACCGGUGCUUCGUCGAGGCACCAAAGAUCGUUGAACAGAAGAUUGUUGGCAAGGCACUUUUGUCAGGCUCGAAGCGAGGCUUCAUUAUCACCAGCUCAAUUCGUCAGAUCGCUCGUAGCGCAAUUAUUGCAGGCGAGUGCAGACGGUAUUCACCUGUCGUCGCCAACAUCACCGACCGCUAGUACUACUUCUGGGCCGACGACGUCGAAAGAGGCGGUGGCCGAAUCGUAUGCUGAAAAAUUACGAACCGAUCCUGAAAUUCAGGCGGCCUUGCAACCCGAAGUUUUAGAUCGUGAUCCCGACGAUGCGUUGAAGAAAGCUCUCUUGUUCCCACUGUUGGAAGUCGAGCCGCCGAAAAAUUGUCUCUUUCUCCUCGUUGACUCAAUCGACGAGGGACAAUUUCUCAAUCCACCGCAGACGGGCACCAGAGACUCCCGACGUGAAAAUGACAACGUCAGCCGUACAAUUGCCGAGUUGCUAGCCAAUCAUCACCAUUUGUUCCCCCAAUGGCUGCUGCUCGUUUGCACUGCGAGAAGACAGAGCAAAACUAUAUCACGAAUGUUUACGGGCUUUCGAAAGAUAUCGUUGGACGAUUUACGAAAGAGUCAAGUCGUUCGGGAUGUCCAACAGUAUAUAUUAGCCAGGCUUGAUCAAGAAGAUGCUUUGAGGCAGCAUAUAUCGAGGGAUACCGCUGAGAUGCUCAAUCAGUUGCACAUCAAAAGCAACGGUUGUUUCCUCUAUCUCGAGAAAGUUUUGGACGGGGUGGCUGAGAACUUUAUCGUGUUGCGUGAGAUACGCGAAAUACCAGGAACUCUAAAUGGCCUUUAUCUAUGGUUAUGUCAGAGGCUAUUCAGCAGAAAACAAUUCGCCAAAGUACAACCACUGUUAAACGUUAUACUAGCCGCUAAAUUGCCAAUAACACAAGAGAUACUGUACAAGUGCGUUAGAACGGCCAGUCCUACGAUUACGAUGGAAGAUUUCAAUCGACGUUUGCAUCUCCUCCGGAGAGUCAUAUCCGUCUCCCGAGCCGGAGCCCUCAUGCUCUUUCAUCAUAGUUUUGCCGAAUGGCUUCUCGACGUUAAACACUGCACGCAGAAGUAUCUGUGCUCAGCGACCGAGGGACACGCUAUGCUCGCGACAUAUUACACAAUAUGUGGACCCGAGCUUAAUCCUGAUGAAAUCUGCGUCCUUGGACAACAUCUUCAACGAGCCAUGACGAGCCCCUUGGCCACUGGCUGCAACUUCGAUUCUCAUACAUUACAGCUCUUGUGGAUGAUCGGAUGCAGAGCUCCCGUCGACGAAUGUUAUUUAGAUAGUUCUGAGUGUAUACUCUGGCCUCGACAAGACACUAAACUACUUAGACUACUCGUUGAUGCUGGAGCCAAACCUUCUGAAAAGAUUAUCGAGGAUGAGAUCAACAAGGAUCCUAUUUCUUCUAGUCAGGUGUCGCAGGAUGUGAGCCCAAUGGACGAAUCGCCCGGUGAACCACUGACUGAGUUGUUGGGAGAAAGCGGUGAUAUAAACCAAGCAGAUUCUUGUGGUCGAACUGUACUUCAUACUUUGGCAGCUGAUGGUAAUGCAUCCUUGCUGGAAUUAGCACUUGCUGCAUGUCCUCAGGCGAAACUUGAGGCGACUGAUCGUCACGGUCAAACACCCUUGAAUCUGGCUGCGAGACACGGCUACACGGAUGUUGUUAGAGUUUUAUUAGCUGCUGGAGCAAGCGCCGAUCACGCCGAUUGCGAUGGUUGGACAGCACUUAGAGCAGCUGCCUGGGGCGGACAUACCCAGGUACAUUCACAGCCAACUCUCUCUUCACGAAACCACGAAACUGUUAGAAGUGCCUCGAAAGUUGUCGUUGAACAGCUUCUCGAGCACGGAGCUAUGGUCGAUUGCGCGGAUUGGGAUCAAAGAACUGCUCUGAGGGCAGCAGCAUGGGGUGGCCACGAGGAUAUCGUCAAGGCGUUAUUACAACACGGAGCUGACGUCAAUAGGACUGAUGAUGAGGGCAGAACUGCCUUAAUAGCAGCGGCUUACAUGGGGCAUAGUGAAAUUGUUGAACACCUGCUUGACUUUGGGGCAACUAUUGAUCACGCUGACAGUGACGGUCGUACCGCUCUGAGUGUUGCUGCAUUGUGCGUCCCAGCAAAUCAUGGCUACGCAAAGGUCGUAACAAUUCUACUGGAAAGAGGAGCAGCUGUUGAUCAUCAGGACAAAGAUGGAAUGACCCCACUUUUGGUAGCAGCGUUUGAAGGUCACCGAGACGUUUGCGAACUGUUGCUUGAGUACGAGGCUGAUGUGGAUCAUUGUGAUGCCACGGGACGGACCCCCUUAUGGGCUGCAGCAAGCAUGGGCCAUGGAUCGGUUGUCGCACUACUGCUCUUCUGGGGUUGUUAUGUCGACAGCAUAGACAACGAAGGAAGAACUGUUUUGAGCGUAGCCGCUGCCCAAGGAGGUACAGAUGUCGUCAAACAACUUCUUGACAGAGGUCUUGAUGAACAGCAUCGUGAUAAUUCAGGCUGGACGCCCCUCCAUUAUGCUGCGUUUGAAGGUCACAUCGAUGUUUGCGAAGCACUCCUCGAAGCUGGAGCAAAAGUGGACGAGGCCGACAACGAUGGAAAAGGUGCUCUCAUGCUCGCUGCUCAAGAAGGUCAUGUGUCGCUUGUUGAAAGGCUGCUCGACCAGCACGCAGCACCCAUUGACCAACAUGCUCACGAUGGAAAAACUGCUCUAAGGCUGGCUGCGUUGGAAGGCCAUUACGAUACCGUCAAAAUUUUGAUUUCGCACAACGCCGACGUGAAUGCUAAAGAUGCCGAUGGUAGAAGUACACUUUACAUAUUAGCUUUGGAAAAUCGACUGGCCAUGGCAAGAUUUUUGUUGGAACACGCUCGUGCCGACGUGGAAAGCAGAGACUCCGAGGGUAGAACUCCACUUCACGUGAGCGCGUGGCAAGGACACGUCGAGAUGGUAGCUCUUCUUUUGACCGACGGAAAUGCCAGUGUCAAUGCUUGUGACAACGAAAACAGAACGCCACUCCACUCAGCAGCGUGGCAAGGACACGCUGCUAUAGUGAGAUUGCUUCUGGAACAUGGAGCAACUCCUGAUCAUACCUGCAAUCAGGGCGCAACGGCUCUCGGUAUAGCAGCUCAAGAAGGUCACGAGCACUGUGUCAGAGCGUUAUUAAAUCAUGGAGCUGAUCCAAACCAUUCGGAUCAUUGUGGCAGGAACGCGAUAAAAGUUGCUGCGAAAAGUGGCCAUGACACCGUCGUGCGGUUGCUGGAGGAACACUCGGCCAAUCAGAGGAGUUUGAGGCCCGGUAUGAACGGGGGUGGUAGUAGCAGCGCGACUUCUGUGACAUCGAAUUCAACGGCUGAAACAAAGCCAUCUUCAGCCAUUCUCAAUCCACUUUCAACCCAGUACAGUCCAGCCGAAUCACCUGAUUCAACGAAACGCCGAAGCUGCGUAUCAUUGGGUAACAAUUCAAGCAACAGCAAAUCCAGCAGCAAUCUCACUGGCAGUACAAAGAGCGAUCAAGGAAAAUUCGGACAAAAUCCGAUGGUGAAUCAAGUUAUUAAAGCACCAUUAUCGUUCACGCAACAAUUACAACAGUGCUCAAGAGGAGCGAAAAGUCGACCCCUCAGUAAACUAUUGUCACCGUUGAAAAGCGAACCGCAAAGUCCGAUAUACGCAUCACCGCCUCAUUCACCGUUGAGUGACAGUCUCAUUCCUUACUCACCGACUAACACGAGUCCACCAAGUGCACAGACUGCUGCCAGCGUGAUACAGAGUCAACUUGGAGUUUCUCUCCUAACCGGAAAUCAGAGCAUACAGUACAAGCCACAGAGCGGUGGUUUCAACAAUCCCGCAGUGAUAUACGAACCUAUUGAUAUCAAAACCGAACUUAUCGACGGGAGUAAAGAUGUACCAAAACCUUUUGAGCUUACCAACGAAAUGCUCGGCUUGAAAAUCUCUAGCAAAGACAAAAAAAAUGGGCUCGAUGAUAAAAGGAACUCCGCUGAUACGCAUUUUACGAGAGACACGCAUAUGAGAAUAAUAUUGGGAAAUAGCGGUGCAGGCGUUGGUCGAAAUGUCAAACACACGGAGCACAGUAGCAGCGCCAGUAAUGCUAAGCCGAAACGUAAUGGUUUGGUUUCAAAUCCAGCCAUGAGACUCGUAGCUGGAGUAAGAAACGGUUUUGAGAAUGCAACAAAUAGAAACAAGCCCAUAACAACGAGGGUCAAUGGAUUUCAGUGGAAGGCCGAAACUCGAAAAGAAACACCUUUGUAGGAGCAGGUAGAAAAAUUUGCGACAACUCGUAAAUACAUUCAGACUCACUGUAGGAGGUGGAAAAAUUUACUCAGUGGAAAAACGAAAGUCAAUAAAUCGUUUUUUUCUCCUUUAAUUUGAGCAUAAUCAAACGAGACUCAAUUGAAGAAGAAUUUGUUUUUUUUUUCUAAGUAUAGAAAAAUCAACAGAAAACCCAAAAGUACUACGAAAAAAUCGUGAUCACUUUCAAAAUAAACGAAACUACAUAACACGUAAUACCAAAUAUUAAACUGCAUAGAGAUGUAUGUAGACGCAUAUAGAGACGUAAUAUUACGGAUUACAAGUUUGUAUAAAUGUAACGUUAAUAAAAUUCAUUAUCGAUCUCACUAAUACUACAUCAAUAUAUCGAUGAACGAACUAUCGGAAUCUCGAGAUUUCAUUUCUAUCUGUUUUUUUUUUCUUUUUUUAUUCUCUCUUUCCUUUUUGAUGUUUUAAAAGAAAUGAGAAACAUAAAGCAUUGAGAUUUUCGUCAGAAGACUGGAUGCAUACGAAGCGACUUUGUGAUGUUUAAGAAAAAUUGAAUAAUGUUAUAAGCAGAUGUAAAAAUAUUGUAAAAAAAAAAAAAAUAUUCACAUACGUAUGUAGUUGAUGAUCAAACUAUGAAUGCUACUUCCGGCACUAUAAACACGUCUGGAGAACCUGAAUGGUGUUACGAACGCCCAUUCCAACUGUUCAAGGCAUCACUCUGGUCCAGCUAUGAAAUGUAACAUCGAGGGGAUUUUUUAAAUAAAAAUCAAGUGAGGGCCUUUAUGUUAUUAAUACAGAAAAAAGAGAUUCAUUGGAAGAAAGUAAAAAACUGUAAACCUUAUUCUCUAUCUCAAAACCAUCGAAAUUUACAAAACUUAUAUCAACAAUGACUAGUAAUUUGAUCAUCCUCUGUAUGUAUAUGAAUAUACAUAUAAAUACGUAUGUAUGUCAGUCGAGUAAAUGAGAGCCUCGAUACGAGGAAAGCCUGAUUAUGCUAAAUAUACGUAACAUUAUGGCCUGAAAGUGGAGAGCCUUUGUAAAUACACCAUUUAUGUAUUGAGCAUGACCAUAUUUAUUAUUAUAUUGUAGUAGACAAAAAGAAAUAAAUGAACAACAAUUAUUGA